AUGUCAUUUGAAUCUUACACACCUGAAGAGAAAAUUAACUGGUCAAAUUCAUGCCAAGCAAGUUGGCCUUGUAAAAAUGAAAAUAAAAACGAGGAAUGUGCAGAUUCUGAUCGAAAUUAUAACCAAACAUGUCCACUAUCCUUUGUUAAAGAGAAAUCCAAGGGUUCAGACAAUUAUUUAUGUGUUCCAGACCCUUCAUCUUACAUUGGACCUUGUAAUUCCAUUGUUGAUUUCACUGAUUUUUCCAAGGAAUCUAAACGCAUAUGGGCGGAGUCGUGUGGAACUAAAUGGCCUUGCAUAAGAAACUGCUCAUUUGUUUUUGAAGAUUGUCCUCUGGACUGGAUUAAGGAGUCGAAUGGAUCCUGUUCCGCUCCGACUUCUUAUAAAGGUUCCUGUGAUAAGAAGUUUUACUUCACACACUACACUCAGAAGAUGAAAUUGGAGUAUCUAAGGGCAUGUGACAUCGCAUUUGAAUGUUCUAAUGACUGCAAACGAGAUUACAACAAAUGUCCAAAUAACUGGACAAAUAAUCGCAAUGGCAUAUGUAUGAGUCCGACAUACAAUGAGUUAUGCUAUAAAGUUUAUUCUGACUUAAUUGGACUAAGUACUACUGACUCCCACAAUAAUUCCAAUACCAUUUUACAAGACCAGAAAAAGAAUAAUCCAGAGUAUAGAAUUAUAGACUUGAAUCGGUUAAGUUAUGAGAACAAAGUAAUGUUUGAGUCGAAAUGCCCAAUUGCCAACUUCCCUUGUAUAGAAAAUGAUGAUUACGACUGGAAUAAACCUUGUCCACAACACUGGAAUUAUAUAAAUAAAAGCUGUGUGCCAUUGUAUUUAAAUGAGGACGACGACUGUAGGAGUAAAAAGGUGUUCAAAUCUGAGGAGGAAAAGAGGAAAUGGUCCUCUUUUUGUCAAAUUCCGUGGCCUAAGUUCGGUGAAUCUGAGAACAUUAUUACUGAAAACAAGAAGAAAUUCAUGCUAAACGGACCAGUUAUUCAUGAAAGUGGAGCUGUAAAUGUUAGUUCCAGUGUCAAAAACAAGACUAAAGAUGAACUUAAGGAAAUUGAUUACUCUAAAAAUAUCAAAAAAAUCAAUAGACUACAAGCCACUCUAACUUAAUAGAACCUAACACCUUAAUAAAU